UAAUCGAGAGUUAUUUCCCUUUGUUGUCGAUGUCUUGGACUUUUAUAAAUUUUUCGUAAACCGGUUUAAUCAACUGUUUUUCAUUCCAUAUUACUUCAUUGUACAUCACAAUAGAAUGUCAAAAAAGGUUUUGAUAACUGGUGCAUCUGGAUUAUUAGGAAGAGCUAUUUAUCAGGAGUUUAAGAAAGAUUCAACUUGGGAUGUUUUAGGUCUAGCCUUUUCUAGAGCUGGAGAACAACUAAAGAAAGUAGAUUUAACAAAUUCAGAUGAACUGACAAGAGUAGUAAAAGAAUUUCAACCUAAUGUUAUCAUACACAGUGCUGCUGAAAGAAGACCGGAUGUUGUAGAAAAUCAGGCUGAUGCUACCAAACAGCUUAAUGUAGAUGCUACUAGAAAUAUCUGUAAUGUAGGAGCUAGUGUCAAUGCAUGGGUAUUAUUUAUAAGUACAGAUUAUGUGUUUGAUGGAUUGAACCCACCAUAUGAUGUUAAUGCUGUACCUAAUCCAUUAAAUAAAUAUGGCCUUAGUAAAUACGAAGGUGAAAAAGUCACUUUAGCUUCCAGUAGUGAAAAUAGUGUGUUACGAGUGCCAAUAUUAUAUGGACCGGUUGAAAGAUUAGAUGAAAGCGCUGUCACUGUUUUAUUUCCUAAAGUAAAGAACACAGAUAGUAAAUGUGUGAUGUCAAAUUAUGAACGACGUUAUCCUACAUAUUGUCCAGAUAUAGCAGUUGUUAUAAGGAAUCUGUCUGAUAUCAGAUUAAAGAAUAAAGAUGUAAAAGGUAUUUAUCAUUGGAGUGGAGAAGAAAAUAUGACCAAGUGUGAUAUGGCUAUUGCAAUGGCUGAAUGUUUUGGUAUAUCCACUAAUCAUAUUGAGGCAGAUAACUCUGCUUCACCUGGUGCUCCCCGCCCAUAUGAUGCUCAUUUAGUCACAUCACGAUUAGAUGAUUUAGUGCUAGUACCUAGAUCUCCAUUUAAAGACAGUAUAUUAAAAGUUUUAAAAGAUUAUUAUCCUUAAAAUAGAUUGUACCCAGUUGGUAUUUAUUGAAAAAAUUAUGAAUUAAGUAUAGCUUUAAAGAUAUGUAAAAUAUAAGAUUUAUAACCCCGGUGGUUUGUGGCCUAUAAAUGGUUGUAUGGAUAUUUUCACGGUUUUCAAACAAACUGAUUUAUGGAAACACCAUUUUUGUAUUUACUUCUUUAAGAUUCAUAUAAACAAUGGGGUAUAGGGAUUUUUGUACAAUAUUGAUGAUUUUAGACAUUUUUAAGGCCGCAAUUCAAGACUCUAAUCACAAAAUAUUAUUUUAAAAGUCUAGAAAUAUAAACAAAUUUUUUUUUAAAAAGUCCAAAAAGAUAAUACAAAAUUGUAUUUUAAAUAUUGAUAAACAUAACUUUUAUUUAGAAAGUCCAUAAAUACAUGCACAGUUGUUCACAAUAUUGUAGGUAUUGCAGUACACCUGGUUGUAAUGGCAAUAAUAAUAUCACAAUAUGAUUUUGGACUGCAGUACAGAGCCCUAGACAAUAUAAGUAAUCUUUAGUGUGCCCAGGCUUUCAUAAUUACAACUGCCAAAUUAUUUUAUAUUGUAGUUUUUUUAAUAAGAUUUGUAAUAAUGUUGUUGUAAAGUCAAUCACCGGUCUCUUGAAAUAAGCUUGAAUGAUUAAAUCCUUUUUAAACAAGACCCUAAUCCUCAGUUUGAGGAUUGAGGAUAUUCCCAAGAGAGUGUUUUAUAUUUGUACUUAAGGUAUAUAUUUGUAGUACAUUCAGAAUAAAGUAAUAUUUAUAUGUUGA